AGGAGGAGAGAAGGAAGAGAGGAGGAGGAGGUGAAGUAGAAAGUGGGGGUUUAAUCAAUUCAGCUCAGAGAAGAGGAGAGACCAGCAGCAUAGUGACCUGGGGUGAUAUGGUAUUGAUUGUCUACCUUCUGGAGCCCCCCUUUCAUCCUCUCUCUCUCACUAUCCUCCUGAUAUAUAUCGGGGCUCUCUCGACUCUCUAUCUAUGCUCUAUAACGUAUGCGAAUCUAGAGAUCUAUUCUCUCUCUCUCUAUCUACUCGAUCUUCCUAUAUAUAUCUAGAGAUAUAUCCUCUCUUCUCUCUCUCUUCUCUCUCCUCUCUCUCUCUCUACUUAUUUGUCGUUCUGAACUUUGGAACAGUACUGUUGAAAUGUGUAUUAGUGUGAAGUCUGGUUAUUGGUGGGACUGUGGUGAGUGAGUAAUGCCCGUACUGUAUUACUGUGUGUAGGAUUAGAAGAAGGUAGGACAGAUAUUACUAUAUAACAGACAGGCAGAGUACUGUAAACACACACACACGUAAGAAAGGGUUUUGGUUAGAAAGGUUUCACAUUGGGUAAAAUAAGAGCUUUCUUGAAAUCAGGUCAAUGAGUGUUGGAUUCCAUGUACUGUAUUGUACUGUGUGUGUGUGUGUCUAAUGAAUAGUACCAGUAUAACUAGCAUCAUUGCUGUCCUGCUAGCCUGGGGUGGGACCGUCUGUCUCAAAGGUUUCCUGUUUUCUCCCUCUAGUUCUCCAAGGAUAAGUAUCUGCUGGAGUCUCCACCAGAGAAACUACGCAAGGAGCUGGAGGAGGAGCUGAGACUCUGCAGCAGCGAUAUCAGGAGCCAUGGCUGGUACCAUGGACACAUCCCACGAGAGGUACACACACACACACACACAUAAUAUAUACAUACACACACACACACACACACACACAGAGUAUAUACAUACACACACACACACACAGAGUAUAUACACACACACACACACACACACACACACACACACACAGAAUAUAUACAUACACACACACACACACACACACACACAGAGUAUAUACACACACACACACACAGAAUAUAUACACACACACACACACACAGAAUAUAUACAUACACACACACACACACACACACACACACAGAGUAUAUACAUACACACACACACACACACAGAGUAUAUACAUACACACACACACACAGAGUAUAUACACACACACACACACAGAGAGUAUAUACAUACACACACACACACAGAGAGUAUAUACACACACACACACACACACACACACACACAGAGUAUAUACAUACACACACACACACACAGACUAUAUACAUACCCACACACACACACAGAGUAUAUACAGUGGGGAAAAUAAGUAUUUAGUCAGCCACCAAUUGUGCAAGUUCUCCCACUUAAAAAGAUGAGAGAGGCCUGUAAUUUUCAUCAUAGGUACACGUCAACUAUGACAGACAAAAUGAGAAAAAUUAAUCAAGAAAAUCACAUUGUAGGAUUUUUUAUGAAUUUAUUUGCAAAUUAUGGUGGAAAAUAAGUAUUUGGUCAAUAACAAAAGUUUCUCAAUACUUUGUUAUAUACCCUUUGUUGGCAAUGACACAGGUCAAACGUUUUCUGUAAGUCUUCACAAGGUUUUCACACACUGUUGCUGGUAUUUUGGCCCAUUCCUCCAUGCAGAUCUCCUCUAGAGCAGUGAUGUUUUGGGGCUGUCGCUGGGCAACACGGACUUUCAACUCCCUCCAAAGAUUUUCUAUGGGGUUGAGAUCUGGAGACUGGCCAGGCCACUCCAGGACCUUGAAAUGCAUCUUACGAAGUCACUCCUUCGUUGCCCGGGCGGUGUGUUUGGGAUCAUUGUCAUGCUGAAAGACCCAGCCACGUUUAAUCUUCAAUGCCCUUGCUGAUGGAAGGAGGUUUUCACUCAAAAUCUCACGAUACAUGGCCCCAUUCAUUCUUUCCUUUACACGGAUCAGUCGUCCUGGUCCCUUUGCAGAAAAACAGCCCCAAAGCAUGAUGUUUCCACCCCCAUGCUUCACAGUAGGUAUGGUGUUCUUUGGAUGCAACUCAGCAUUCUUUGUCCUCCAAACACGACGAGUUGAGUUUUUACCAAAAAGUUCUAUUUUGGUUUCAUCUGACCAUAUGACAUUCUCCCAAUCCUCUUCUGGAUCAUCCAAAUGCACUCUAGCAAACUUCAGAUGGGCCUGGACAUGUACUGGCUUAAGCAGGGGGACACGUCUGGCACUGCAGGAUUUGAGUCCCUGGCAGCGUAGUGUGUUACUGAUGGUAGGCUUUGUUACUUUGGUCCCAGUUCUCUGCAGGUCAUUCACUAGGUCCCCCCGUGUGGUUCUGGGAUUUUUGCUCACCGUUCUUGUGAUCAUUUUGACCCCACGGGGUGAGAUCUUGCGUGGAGCCCUAGAUCGAGGGAGAUUAUCAGUGGUCUUGUAUGUCUUCCAUUUCCUAAUAAUUGCUCCCACAGUUGAUUUCUUCAAACCAAGCUGCUUACCUAUUGCAGAUUCAGUCUUCCCAGCCUGGUGCAGGUCUACAAUUUUGUUUCUGGUGUCCUUUGACAGCUCUUUGGUCUUGGCCAUAGUGGAGUUUGGAGUGUGACUGUUUGAGGUUGUGGACAGGUGUCUUUUAUACUGAUAACAAGUUCAAACAGGUGCCAUUAAUACAGGUAACGAGUGGAGGACAGAGGAGCCUCUUAAAGAAGAAGUUACAGGUCUGUGAGAGCCAGAAAUCUUGCUUGUUUGUAGGUGACCAAAUACUUAUUUUCCACCAUAAUUUGCAAAGAAAUUCAUUAAAAAUCCUACAAUGUGAUUUUCUGGAUUUUUUUUCCUCAAUUUGUCUGUCAUAGUUGACGUGUACCUAUGAUGCAAAUUACAGGCCUCUCUCAUCUUUUUAAGUGGGAGAACUUGCACAAUUGGUGGCUGACUAAAUACUUUUUUCCCCCACUGUAUAUACACACACACACACACACACACACACACACACAGAGUAUAUACACACACACACACACACACACACACACACACACACACACACACACACACACAGAGUAUAUACAUACACACACACACACACACACACACAGAGUAUAUAAUUACCCACACACAGAGUAUAUACAUACACACACACACACACACACACAGAGUAUAUACAUACACACACACAGAGUAUAUACAUACACACACACACAGAGUAUAUACAUACACACACAGAGUAUAUACAUACACACACACAGAGUAUAUACACACACACACACUAAAGCUGGGUGAUGUGGAGAAAAAUCCAGAUCACGAUAAAUUGCCUAAAUUGAUGCAAUAAUGAUAAAUAGAACAAUAGGUUUAUAACAGUAAUAUGAUAUAACAAUGUGCACCACAGUUUUUAAAAACGAUCCUUUAAACUACUACAACUAGUGUGAUGGUUGUAGACAUCAACUGUCCCAUUAACAAUCAGCCAUAUUAGCAAACUUAUUUCAUUUCAAACUUAUCGUAAUGAACGAUAUCAGCAAAAUGCCUGCAAUAAGUGAUCGUGUCGAUCAUUUUCGGUGUAUUGUCCCAGCUCUAACACGCACGUGCACACAUACACGCAACUGCAGGCUUACACACACACAAAGUGCACACACAUACACAUAAGCAGGCAUGCACAAACACACGCACACACACACACACACGCACACACACAAAGAGUGCAAUCUACUAAUAUUCACCUGCCGUUGUUUUCUUAGUUGGUGACGUUUAAUGCACAAUAAAAGCCCUAUACUUGCAUUCAUACUAGCCUUACACCUUCCACUCUAGAAUUGAUUGGCAUUCUUACUGAUUAAUUUACAAAAUGAACAGCUUUCUUUUAAAACUGCAAAAUCCAAAACUUGUAAAAAGUUAUUCACCCUGGAUUGACAUUAAUUUGGAAACAGGGUUAGGAGGGCACAGCUGUGUGUGUCUGUCUGUUGGCGCUGGAUACAUAACAGUAUCAACAGCUGGUGAAUACACACACAUACACACACAUCGGUGUGGCUUCACUGUCCUCCUGACCCACCCAUACUCCUCUCUCUCUCUGUAGUGUGAGUUAAACCAUCUGUGAAUCUCCCUACCUGUGAGGCUCCAGCGUACAUUAACAUAAUGCUACAUUCAUACUGGGGUAAACAGACAGAACAGGGCUUAUCCUCGCUGCUAAAACAAUACACUGUGUCUCCAUGGUGAUGGCUCCCAUGCAGGCAGCAGCAGCAGCCUGUCUGUAUGCAGUGCUCUUGGUGCUGCUAUCUCUGGCCUGUAGUAACAGCACCCCCUGUUGGAGAUAAGGAGAAAUGCUUUACAAUGGUAUCACCGUCACUUAGACAUGGUGCUACAGUAUAUUCUAUAUUAUAAUCUGGUGCUGAUUGGCUGAAAGCUGUGGUAUAUCAGACCGUACACCACAGGUAUGACAAAAAGUUACUUUUUACUGUUCUAUUUACGUUGGUAACCAGUUUAUAAUAGCAAUAAGGCAUCUCGGGGAGUUUGUGGUAUAUGGCCAAUAUACCACGGCUAAGGGCUGUAUCCAAGCACUCCGUGUUGGGUCGUGCUUUAAGAACAGCCCUUAGCCGUGGUAUAUUGGCCAUAUACCACACCCCCUCGGGCCUUAUUGCUUAAGUAUGUACCUAUUUAUAUCAAGUAGGAUCUUUUCACAUUUUAUUGUGUUACAAAGUGGGAUUACAAUUGAUUGAAUUGUCAUUUUUUUUGUCAACAAUUUACUCAAAAUACUCAGUAAUGUCAAAGUGGAAGAAAAAUUCGUAAAAAUAAAAAAUGAUUAAUGCAUUUUUUUAUAACAAAAAUAUAGUAAUUGCAUAAGUAUUCAGCCCCCUUGUUUAGGCAAGCCUAAAUUAGUUCAGGAGUAACAUUUGGGUUAACAAAUCCCAUAAGUUACAUGAACUCAGUCUGUGUGAAAUAGUAGGGGUUGACAUUAUUUUGUAAUGACUAACCCUUCCUCUGUCCCCCAUACAUACAACAUCUGUAAGGUCACUCAGUCAAGUAUUGAAUUUCAAGCCCAGAUUCAUCUACAAAGACCAGGGAGCUUUUCAAAAGCCUCAAAGAAGGGCAGUGAUUGGUAGAUGGGUAACAAUAACAAAUCAGACAUUGAAUAUCUCUUUAAGCAUGUUCAAGUUAAUAAUUAUGCUGUGGAUUAUGUAUUAACCACCUAGACACAUCGAAGAGACAGUCGUCCUUCUGAACUGAGCUGCAGGACAGGAAUGAAACUGCUCAGUGAUGUUACCAUGAGGCCCUUGGUCAUUAUAAAAGAGUUACAGAGUUCAAUGGUUGUGAUGGGAGAAAACUGAGGAUGGAUCAACAACAUUGUAGUGACUCCACAAUAAUGACCUAAAUGACAGAGUGAACAGAAGAAUACAAAUAUACAGAAUAAAAAUACUCCAAAACAUGCAUCUUGUAUGCAACAAGGCACUAAAGUAAUCCUGCAAAAUAAACACAGCAAAGGAAUACACUUUUUGGCCUAAAUGCAAAGUCUUAUGUUUAGGGCAAAUCCAACACAACACAUCACUGAGUAACUGCCUCCUUAUUUUCAAGCAUGGUGUUGGCUGCAUCAUGGUAUGGGUAUGCUUGACAUAGGUAAAUACUGGGGAGUUUUUCAGGAUAAAAGGAAAUGGGAUGGAGCUAAGCACAGCCAAAAUCCUAGAGGAAACCCUGCUUCAGUCUGUAUUACACCAGACACUGGGAGAGGAAUUCAACUUUCGGCAGGACAAUAACCUACAUCACAAGGCCAAAUCUACACUGGAGUUGCUUACCAAGAAGACAGUGUAGUGUAUUAAGAUUAUGACUUUCUUAAUGGGUUUAAGUGGAACCUUUGAGGAUGUUUAUUUUAGUAUCAAGAGGGAAUGUUUUAGUGUAACGCCACAUACAACAGACAGGAAGUGUGUGUUGUAGACAGGGGAUUGGACAGUAGAGGGAGCCACCCACAUCUUGGGAAGAUUAUAUAUACUGGGUAAAAAGCGAAGAAGAGGUUAGAGCGGCCAUUGCAAUUCGGGGGAUGCCGUUCUCCGGGUGAUCUUGACACCUGUAAGCUCAUGCUGAAAUCUUGUGAUAUGAAUAAACCUUAUGAUCAAAGUUCAGUAUGAGCGGACUCUUUGUUUGACAGCAAUAGGUACCAGCAUCGACGCGAUACCACAACAGUGAAUGUUCCUGAGUGUCCAAGUUACAGUUUUGAUUUAAAUCUGCUUGAAAAUCUAUGGCAAGACUUACUGUCUAGCCGUGAUCCCCACCACCUUGACAUUUUGAAAUGAAUAAUGGGCAAAUAUUGCACAAUCCAGGUGUGUAAAGCUCUUAGAGACUUACCCAAGUAGACUCACAGCUGUAAUCGCUGCCAUGGGUUUCUAACAUGUAUUGACUCAAGGAGCUGAAUACUUAUGCAACAACUACAUUUUAGUUAUUUAAUUGAUAUCAUUAAAAUAUAUAUAUAUAUAUAUUUUUUUUUUUAUUCCACUUUGACAUUACAAAGUAUUUUUGUGUAGAUUGUUGACAAAAAUAAUUACUAUUAAAUCAAUUUGAAUCCCACUUUGUAACACAAUAACAUUUGAAGAAAUCCAAGGGGUAUGAAUAUUUUUGCAAGGUCCUGUAACAAUCCUCAUAGGAAAGCUUUUUUGUAUAGGCUCUGUCUCAACUCUUUGGAUAACCAGUAUGUAGCCUAGCCCCUAGAUAUGUUUCCUAGAAGACAACUUACAGUGAGGAAAAAAAGUAUUUAGUCAGCCACCAAUUGUGCAAGUUCUCCCACUUAAAAAGAGGAGAGAGGCCUGUAAUUUUCAUCAUAGGUACACGUCAACUAUGACAGACAAAAUGAGAAAAAAAAAUCCAGAAAAUCACAUUGUAGGAUUUUUUAUGAAUUUAUUUGCAAAUUAUGGUGGAAAAUAAGUAUUUGGUCAAUAACAAAAGUUUCUCAAUACUUUGUUAUAUACCCUUUGUUGGCAAUGACACAGGUCAAACGUUUUCUGUAAGUCUUCACAAGGUUUUCACACACUGUUGCUGGUAUUUUGGCCCAUUCCUCCAUGCAGAUCUCCUCUAGAGCAGUGAUGUUUUGGGGCUGUCGCUGGGCAACACGGACUUUCAACUCCCUCCAAAGAUUUUCUAUGGGGUUGAGAUCUGGAGACUGGCUAGGCCACUCCAGGACCUUGAAAUGCUUCUUACGAAGCCACUCCUUCGUUGCCCGGGCGGUGUGUUUGGGAUCAUUGUCAUGCUGAAAGACCCAGCCACGUUUCAUCUUCAAUGCCCUUGCUGAUGGAAGGAGGUUUUCACUCAAAAUCUCACGAUACAAGGCCCCAUUCAUUCUUUCCUUUACACGGAUCAGUUGUCCUGGUCCCUUUGCAGAAAAACAGCCCCAUGCUUCACAGGUGUUCUUUGGAUGCAACUCAGCAUUCUUUGUCCUCCAAACACGACGAGUUGAGUUUUUACCAAAAAGUUCUAUUUUGGUUUCAUCUGACCAUAUGACAUUCUCCCAAUCCUCUUCUGGAUCAUCCAAAUGCACUCUAGCAAACUAUAGACGGGCCUGGACAUGUACUGGCUUAAGCAGGGGGACACGUCUGGCACUGCAGGAUUUGAGUCCCUGGCGGCGUAGUGUGUUACUGAUGGUAGGCUUUGUUACUUUGGUCCCAGCUCUCUGCAGGUCAUUCACUAGGUCCCCCCGUGUGGUUCUGGGAUUUUUGCUCACCGUUCUUGUGAUCAUUUUGACCCCACGGGGUGAGAUCUUGCGUGGAGCCCCAGAUCGAGGGAGAUUAUCAGUGGUCUUGUAUGUCUUCCAUUUCCUAAUAAUUGCUCCCACAGUUGAUUUCUUCAAACCAAGCUGCUUACCUAUUGCAGAUUCAGUCUUCCCAGCCUGGUGCAGGUCUACAAUUUUGUUUCUGGUGUCCUUUGACAGCUCUUUGGUCUUGGCCAUAGUGGAGUUUGGAGUGUGACUGUUUGAGGUUGUGGACAGGUGUCUUUUAUACUGAUAACAAGUUCAAACAGGUGCCAUUAAUACAGGUAACGAGUGGAGGACAGAGGAGCCUCUUAAAGAAGAAGUUACAGGUCUGUGAGAGCCAGAAAUCUUGCUUGUUUGUAGGUGACCAAAUACUUAUUUUCCACCAUAAUUUGCAAAUAAAUUCAUUAAAAAUCCUACAAUGUGAUUUUCAGGAUUUUUUUUUCUCAAUUUGUCUGUCAUAGUUGACGUGUACCUAUGAUGCAAAUUACAGGCCUCUCUCAUCUUUUUAAGUGGGAGAACAUGCACAAUUGGUGGCUGACUAAAUACUUUUUCCCCCACUGUACUUACAGUCAAUUAAAGCAUGCCUUCAUUUUAUGCUACAUAUCUGAGACCUAUAGGAGUCUCAGGGUGCAUAAUAAAUUGUCUUUGUGCCAAACUGUGAUUUUAAAGCCACUUUGUGUGCAGUUCUAUUUACACAGGAAAAAGGGAGCGGUGUUAUCCAAAUGUUAUAUAAGGAACCUUGUAACAAUGUAAUCAUAACUUUAAUGAUGCUAUAGAAUGAUCCACGUAACAAUCUUAAAACACUGUUAUUAUAAAUGUGCCACUGUUACUAAAUAACACCCCUUCCCUUCGGUCGACCUCCAGGUGUCAGAGACGGUGGUGCUGCGAAACGGUGAUUUCCUGAUCCGUGAUUCGCUGAUAAACGUGGGCGACUACGUCCUGACGACCAGGUGGAACCACGAGGUUCUGCACUUCAAGAUCACCAAGGUCCUGGUCAAGUCCAGCACUGAGUCUAAGGUAUGUGUUGUAACUUACAUAAUUUACAUAAUGUUUGUUUGUAACUUUACUGUUUUUAAUGAUUUAGUUAUUUUGGGGUAAAACAAUUCUUACAGUUAAAAACUAUUUAAAAGUACAAAGAAUCCCAGAGGAUGACACAUGAAAAGCAUGAAAAACACUUAUUUCCAAUUUGUUAACCACAAGCAUACACAUGUCCAUUUAUUUAACAUUUUAUUGGACAAUAAAGAUGUUCAAUUCAAUUCCAGGUCCAGUACCUGUUAGAGAAAGACAGCUUCGACUCUUUACCUGAUCUGAUGAGGUACUACGUGGCCGGGCGGCGGCCUGUCUCCCAGCCCAGCGGAGCCCUGAUCUACUGUCCAAUCAUACGCACCCUCCCCUUGCGUUACCUGGAAGCAACGUUUGCCUUAGCCAAUAGCAGACACGGCCUAGCCCACUCACCAUCCAGUCAGAAAGGAGCGUACAUCAAGAGGAGGAGCGUGACCAUGAACGACGGAUUGACCACGGACAAGCUGAUACCUCACAGGUCAGAGACUAGAGAGAGAGAGGGAGCCUUUCAUAGAUCGUUACACAAUCUACUUCUUGAGAUUCAUGUGUGUGUAUGUCUGUGUGCAAGUGUAUGUACAGUAUGUAUGUGUGUAUGUGUGUGUGUCUCAGUGGUGUAAACCAGAUGUUUCAUUGCCCAUUCAUUUCCAUUGUGUGGUCAGUGACGUGGAGUCCAUCAGUCCAUUGGAACCACCAGUUUCCCCAGUACCAGUCCAAGUACCUGCACCAAAACCAGAAGCAGUACCAGUUGUUCCAAAGCCAGAAGUGGAGGCUGCUGUUGUGGGGUGCAGGUGGUGUGUGUGAGCCCGUUUGGGUCAGAACACUGGUGUCAUGACAGAGCACUGACCCCUUCUCACUCUCACCCCCUGCCCCAGAUUCACUGAGAACAUGUGUAUACUGUAGCUACAUGGCUCUGUGUUAGACUAGCUGCUACACCAGUCACUCUGACCUCUGACCUCUCUCCUUAUAAUGCAUGUAUCUUUCCUUCUCCUAUGCACAGCAACCAGGAUCUGAGUGUAGGAGAGAUCCACCUUAGCCUGGUCACAGAUCUGUUUGUGUUGUCUUGUCAACUCUUUGCUGUCUUGUCAACUCUUUGUUUGUUGUCUUGUCAACUCUGUGUUUGUUGUCUUGUCAACUCUGUGUUUGUUCUCUUGUCAACUCUGUGUUUGUUGUCUUGUCAACUCUUUGUGUUUGUUGGCUUGUCAACUCUUUGUGUUUGUUGUCUUGUUAACUCUUUGUGCAGUCUUGUCAACUCUUUGUGCUGUCUUGUCAACUCUUUGUGCUGUCUUGUCAACUCUUUGUGUUUGUUGUCAUGUCAACUCUUUGCGCUGUCUUGUCAACUCUGUUGUUUUGUCAACUCUUUGUGUUGUCUUGUCAACUAUUUGUGCUGUCUUGUCAACUCUUUGUGCUGUCUUGUCAAAUCUUUGUGCUGUCUUGUCAACUCUUUGUGCUGUCUUGUCAACUCUUUGUGCUGUCUUGUCAACUCUUUGUGUUUGUUGUCUUGUCAACUAUUUUUAUUUGUUGUCAUGUCAACUCUUUGCACUGUCUUGUCAACUCUGUUGUCUUGUCAACUCUUUGUGCUGUCUUGUCAACUCUUUGUGCUGUCUUGUCAACUCUUUGUGCUGUCUUGUCAACUCUUUGUUGUUUUGUCAACUCGUUGUGUUUGUUGUCUUGUCAACUCUUUGUGCUGUCUUGUCAACUCUGUGUUGUCUUGUCAACUCUUUGUGUUUGUUGUCUUGUCAACUCUUUGCGCUGUCUUAUCAACUCUUUGUGCUGUCUUGUCAACUCUUUGUGCUGUCUUGUCAACUCUUUGUGUUGUCUUGUCAACGCUUUCUGUUUGUUGUCUUGUCAACUCGUUGUGUUUGUUGUCUUGUCAACUCUUUGUACUGUCUUGUCAACUCUGUGUUGUCUUGUCAACUCUUUGGGUUUGUUGUCUUGUCAACUAUUUGUGCUGUCUUGUCAACUCUUUGUGCUGCCUUGUCAACUCUUUGUGCUGCCUUGUCAACUCUUUGUGCUGCCUUGUCAACUCUUUGUGCGGUCUUGUCAACUGAUAUGGUCAUUGUCUUGCCAAAUAUAACAGUAAUCAUAAGAGUUGGUUAUGCAGCACAAACAGAUCUGGGACCAGGCUAAGGUUGACCUGUGUUUCACCUCUUCACAGUAGACCAAUUGGAUAAAAUGUAUAGCUGGCACUUAACUUACGAGAUGACUUGAUUUGGAGCGUUGCUAAAACUUGCUCGAUUCAGACAUAUGUUUCAGACCAGACAACAUACCCUCCAUGGGCCCACAGCCAUAUUAAAGACCAAUGGAAAACGAGUGUGUUUGUUGGUGUUUGCAGCUCCUCUACUAUUCACAACCACAAGGACACCAUUAGGAACUGUACUCUGAGUAUGGACCUCAUCCAAGAGUAUCGCCGUCCUCCUGUAGAGGAGACACCUCUCUCCCCAGCCUACAGCCACAGUGAGUCCUUUCUAUGGAGAUUAUUGAAUUAUUAAGAGAUUAUGGAGAUUAUAGAUAAUUCAUUGAGAUUAUUGCAUACUGUGUGGGUUUGGUGGUCCUUUUGAUUGAGCCUUUCUGGACUGCCAGAUGAGAACUUUUGGGGGUUUGCACUUUUGGAAUAGUCCAUUGGGCCCAUUGCACCAUGCAAGCUCAAUCAAUCAAGCGCAGCUGAAGUACAUUGAGUGUACAAAACAUUAAGAACAGCUUCCUAAUAUUGAGGUGCAUAUUUUGCCCUCAGAACAGCUUCAAUUCGUCGGGGCAUGGACUCUACAAGGUGUUGAAAGUGUUCCAUAGGGAUGCUGGCCCAUGUUGAUUCCAAUGUUUCCCACAGUUGUGUCAAGUUAGCUGGAUGUCCUUUGGGUGGUGGACCAUUCUUGAUACACACGGGAAACUGUUGAGCGUGAAAAACCCAGCAGCGUUGCAGUUCUUUACACACUCAAACUGGUGCGACUGGCAACUACUACCAUACCCCGUUCAAAGGCACUUACAUUUUUUGUCUUGACCAUUCACCCUCACAACACAUACACAAUCCAUGUCUCAAUUGUCAAGGCUUAAACAUCCUUCUUUAACCGGUCUCCUCCCCUUCAGCUUCACUGAUUGAAGGAUUUAACAAGUGACAUCAAUAAGGGAUCAUAGCUUUCACCUGGAUUCACCUGGUCCAGGUGUUCUUAAUGUUUUGUACACUCAGUGUAUUUGUAAGAAAACCAAUACUAUUUGUGAACCCAGGUCUGGAAUAUACAUGUGUAACCCUCUGCUUCUAUCUCCAGUCCACAGACACAGAACCCAGUCAGGGGGUAGACUUCUGGCCGUGGUGCCCCCCUCGCCAAUCCUGAGACGCUCCAGCGACCCCCAGCUCAGCCCUGGCUCCAACAACAACCUACCCGACAUGCUAGAAGCCAGCUCACACUCCACCCCGGCCCACUGCUCCUAUAUAACCCCAGCAGAGGGCUCCGAGACGGGGGGCAGCUACUGCGACCUACGGCCCACCCCGGCCCUCUGUCCUGAGGCUCCCUGUGCUGCCGGCAUGCCUCACACACCUCCCGCUAAGAGCUACGUGGAGCGGCUGCGUGUGGAGGAGGGCCGAGGGCCUGCCCCAGGGAGGGAGGAUGGGGCUCGGGGAGAGGCGUUCAGCGCCCCCCUGGUGGAAACAGCCUCCUCCUUCAGACCAGGGAAGUACCUCUCGCCCCUGAUGGCCUCGGAGAACAAGCCCUUAGAGAUGAGCAUUCUGAAGAGGGUUAAAGAGCUUCUGGCGGAGGUGGACGCUAGGACGGCUGCUAAACACAUCACCAUGGCUGACUGCAUGGUAUGGACACCGCGCACAUACAGGACAUAUAGAGAGACACGGGCACAAACACACGCAAUACGCAUAUACCAUCCACACUUUAUUAAAGCUAGAGCUCAUAUCUAAAACCGAAGCAGGCUAACGGUUUGUUCCUUGGGCCUGUGAACAUAACUCAGUGAUGUCACCAAUUCCCAAAUGUCAGCCACAGUACUGUGUCAGAGUGUUGCUCAAUGAACUCCUGUUAACAGUGGAGCAGCAGAGAGCAGAGAGGUUAACACAGGGAUGACUAUGCUAUCCUCAGAACUAUUUACUCUACUCAUUAUUUGGUAACAUUUGAAUUAAGAGACAAUUAACCACCAGUCUCAGUGACUGUGAAUACAUUAAAUUAGAAAUUACAAUAAACCCUUCCCCUCGCUCCCUCCCUCCCUCCCUCCCUCCCUCUCCUCUCCUCUCCUCAUUUCCUUCCUCUCCUCUCCUCAUUUCCUCCCUCUCCUCUCCUCUCCUCUCUUCCUCCCUCUCCUCUCCUCAUUUCCUCCCUCUCCUCUCCUCUCUUCCUCCCUCUCCUCCCUCUCCAUUUCCUCCCUCUCCUCUCCUCUCCUCAUUUCCUCCCUCUCCUCUCCUCAUUUCCUCCCUCUCCUCUCCUCUCCUCUCCUCAUUUCCUCCCUCUCCUCUCCUCUCCUCUCUUCCUCCCUCUCCUCUCCUCAUUUCCUCCCUCUCCUCUCCUCUCCUCAUUUCCUCUCUCUCCUCUCUCCAUUUCCCCUCUCCUCUCCUCUCCUCUCCUCUCCUCUCCUCUCCUCUCCUCUCCUCUCCUCUCCUCUCCUCUCCUCUCCUCUCCUCUCCUCUCCUCAUUUCCUCUCUCUCCUCUCUCCAUUUCCUCUCUCUCCUCCCUCUCCAUUUCCUCUCUCUCCUCCCUCUCCAUUUCCUCCCUCUCCUCCCUCUCCAUUUCCUCCCUCUCCUCUCUCUCCAUUUCCUCCCUCCCUCUGUGUUGUGCUCCCUCCCUCUGUCUGUGUGAAGGUUGCAAGAAUACUGGGCGUUACCGAGGAGAUGCAGAGGAUGAUGGGAGUGGGCUCAGGACUGGAGCUGUUGACUCUUCCUCACGGACACCAGCUGAGACUGGACCUACUGGAGCGGUAAGGGUUAGGGUGGUAAGUGUUAGGGUGGUUAGGGUUAGGGUGGUUAGGGUUAGGGUGGUUAGGAUUAGGGUGGUUAGGGUUAGGGUUGUUGUUGAGGGUUAGGGUUGAACCGGGAUAUGGACAUGAAGCUAGGGUUAGUGUUCGAGUUGAGGCUAGGGUUAGGAUAGAACCGGGAUGUCUACAUGAAGCUAGGGUUAGGAGUAGGGUUGUCGUUGAUGCUGUUCUCUUCCAAUUCUUCCUUGUUUCAUCCUCCUCCCCUCCUCCCUCCCUCCUCCUCAGGUUCUAUACUAUGUCUAUAAUGAUGGCUGUGGACCUGCUGGGCUGUACAGGCAGUACGGAGGAGAGGGCUGCUCUGCUCCAUAAGACCAUCCAGCUGGCUGCUGAACUCAAGAGCAACCUGGGGAACAUGUUCGGCUUCGCCGCUGUGAUGAGAGCACUGGAGCUACCACAGGUAUGGACCAAACAUAUACAGUACACACACACACACACACACACACACACACACAAAGACACACACACACACACAAAGACACACACACACACACACACAAAGACACACACACAGACGCAGUAAGACACACACAGACACAGUAAUACACACACAGAUGCAGUAAUACACACACAUACAAACCCAAAUAUCGGUAGAGGGAACAUAAUUAUCUAUGUGUUAUAUUGGCUCAUGCUAUUAUAUUUCUCUCUCUCUUCUCUUUUUCUUCUCUCCUCUCUUCUUCUCUCCUCUCUUCUUCUCUCCUCUCUUCUCUCACUCUCUCCGUCUCUCUCUCAGAUCUCUCGUCUGGAGCAGACGUGGAUGACGUUACGUCAGAGACACACAGAAGGAGCCAUCCUCUAUGAGAAGAAGCUCAAGCCUUUCAUGAAGAACAUGAACGAUGGCAAAGGUAUGGAGUUGGUGUGUGUGUGUGUGUGUGUGUGUUUCUGCGUGAGUUGUGUGUUUGACUUGCACAGGACACUGGUAUCUGUGUGUAGAUGUGUGUUUCUCUCUCUGUGUGUUCCAGAGAGCACUGUGCUGUCCAACACCUCCUUCCCUCAUGUGGUUCCUCUGCUGUCUCUGCUGGAGAGGAGUGUGGCCGUGGGGGAGGGGCCAGGGGCAGGGAUAGAACCCUGGGAGAAAGUGGAGGCGGGGGUUGACGUGGUGAUGUCACACCUGGAGGCGGCCCGGACCAUCGCUCACCAUGGGGGGCUGUACCGCACCAACGCUGAGACCAAACUACAUGGUAAGGCCUGUGGGAGCUGUGUGUGUGUACACGCUGUGUGUGUGCGCUGUGUAUGUGUUUGACUUGCACACACACACACAAGGUCGGUUUCCCGGACUUAGAUUACUGUUAGACACUCAGAGAAUCUCAUUCAUCAUUCGAUAAUCACAGACUCAUUCAAUCUUCAUUGGAAGUGCUUUUUAGUCUAGUGACAGGUUUAAUCCAGGUCCGGGAAACCAUUAAAUAGAGUAAUAAUAGUAUUAUAGUGUAGUGUGCCGAAUCAGCUUUAUUGCCAUAUUGUUAUGGACUAACCACUAAGGGCUUGUCUGAGUAGUGGAUGUUGUGCAUUGAUUUAUUUGACUGACUAAUAACUGUAGUGUUGCGGUACAUGUUGAAGUUGUUGUGUUACUCCUUGAUGCUGAGGCAUCGUAUUAUCUGACGGUGUGUGUGUGUUCAAUAUGAUGUAUAUAAUGGUUCAUUGACAUUGAUCUGAAAUAAUGGUUGAGAUGUUGGUUGUUGUGGUAUCUGUGCUAGUGUGGUGAUGAUGGUUACAGUAUGUUGACAUUUAUCACCAUCUGUUCUUAUUGAUUCCAGUCUGUAGUGGCGAUUCCCUAUGAAAAGCCACUGGCACAGGAGAGAGCUGUCCAUAACACGUCCACAAAAAUCAGCUUUCCAAAUGUUACUCUUUUUGGGUGAAGUUCCCAUUUAUUGCGCAUAUAAAAUAUAAAUAGCUCAUAUUCCUAUACAAAAGGUGCAGAGAGAUGCAUUCUAUAAGCUGUAUCUGUGAUAUGGUAAGAACUGUAUGUGCUCUCCUCUCACCUGUGCUAACCCUUCCUGGUCACCUGUGCUACCUAUAUACACACGUGACCAGUGACCCAUGACCCCAACAUAUAGGGCCCUCUAGUGUACAAAACAAGUCAAAAUAACCCUUGACAGACAACAUAUACACAACACAUAAACUGGCCAAAAUGGCUCCUACACAGUCCCUGGCGAUGAGUGUAUUGAGCAGGAUGUCAAUAACUAUCUUAACUAGACUGUGUUUUCCACAAUGUCUGUAAUAUUGAUCAAUCACUCUCUUUAUUUCUCUUCUCCUCUUAUGUUCUGGUGUCUCCUCUCCUCUUCUCCUCUCCUCCUCUCCUCCUCUCCUCCUCUCCUCUCCUCUCUUCUCUUCUCUUCUCUUCUCUUCUCUUCUCUUCUCUUCUCCUCUCCUCUCCUCUCCUCCUCUCCUCUCCUCUCCUCUCCUCUCCUCUCCUCUCCUCUCCUCUCCUCUCCUCUCCUCUCCUCUCCUCUCCUCUCCUCUCCUCUCCUCUCCUCUCCUCUCCUCUCCUCUCCUCCACCAGGCUUCCAGGAGAGGGAGGAGGUUCUGGAGAUCUUCCGGACAGAGUUCCAGAUGAGGUUGCUAUGGGGAAGUCGGGGGUCGCAGGGCAGCCAAUCAGAGCGCUAUGAGAAGUUUGACAAAGUCCUGACCGCUCUGUCUUACAAGCUGGAACCUAUUGUACGCCACAGUGAACUAUAGCACCCAUCUCACUGAACACCCCUAUACACAGCACAGCACUCACAGUGGUAUGGCCCGUCUCCCCACACUGCUGCUGUAUGAUUCCAAUGUGAAUACAAGGGGAGGAAGCAGCUAACAGACACAAGAGAAUGGACUGAGAGAGGAUUAGGGUACACUAAAAGAGAAGGAGCGUCUCACUGUAUAUCCCCCAAAAAGGCACAAAGGGCUUUUUCAGAGCUCUUAAACAGUGUGGGAACCUACAUAUUCUGCCUAUCUUCAAAGUACAGAUAAUUGUAUGGUGUGCACUUAGGGUCAAACAGCGCAGGGGAGGGAGUAGAGGGAAGAGGAAGCUCUGAUUUGUCUCAAACCUCCCUCAUUAGUACUGUCACACUCUGUUGUAUCACCAACUUAGAGACAGUCAUAUUUAACACAAUGUUUGUGCUCUUCAGGACACCUGUAUCAUAGAUAUAAAACGAUCUCUCUCUAUGACCUGUGUCACCAGACCUCGGCUUCAGACUGAGAGGUAGUGUGUUCUAGAAUCUGUUGUUCUUGUAUAAACUCUCUGCAUGGCUGCCUUUCAUUCCAUAUUCCAUCACGUCCCCUGCAGUGUGCUCAGACAGUCUCUUAUCUAUCUGUUUUGAACAAGUCAUAAUAUAUGUUAUGUUUCCAAAUCACAUCAGCUGUCAAAGAGAGUGAUUGAUCAAUAUUACAGACAUUGUGGAAAACACAGUCUAGUUAAGAUAGUUAUUGACAUACUGUGCUCUGCCAAAAAGCAUUUUCUCUCUGUGGACUUUGUUUGUGUGCUGUUCUUAUGAGGGCUCUUCUGAGAAGCAUUCACCCCCCUCUCCUUUCCUCCGUUUCUGGCAUGUCAUAAAUGUUUCUCAAAUCAAAUCAAAAUCAAAUUGCAUUGGUCACAUAUUUAGCAGAUGUUAUUGUGGGUGUAGCGAAAUAUUUGUGGCAUGUCAUAAAUGUUUCUGGCAUGUCAUUAAUGUUUCUGGCAUGUCAUUAAUGUUUCUCGCAUGUCAUUCAUGUCAAUUGGUAGUUACAGUGUUGUCCCAUCGCUGCAACUCCCGUACAGACUUGGGAGAGGCGAAGGUCGUAGGUCGAGAACCAUGCGUCCUCCGAAACACGACCCUGCCAAGCCGCUCUGCUUCUUGACACACUGCUCGCUUAACCCAGAAGCCAGCCACACCAAUGUGUCAGAGGAAACACUGUACAACUGGCGACCGUUGCUAGAGCGCGAUGGGACAAGGACAUCCCAGCCGGCCAAACCCUCCCCUAACCCGGACGACGCUGGGCCAAUUGUGCGGCGCCUCAUGGGUCUCCCGGUCACGGCCGGCUGAGACACAGCCUGGGAUCGACCCCGGGUCUGUAGUGACGCCUUAGACCGCUGCGCAACUCGGGAGGCCCGUCAUUAAUGUUUCUGGCAUGUCAUUCAUGUUUCUGGCAUGUCAUUCAUGUUUCAUGAUGACUCCUGUUUAAAUCAUUUGAGCAUGUUUUUUUCCGCACUUGUCACACACACACACACACACACACAAUUAGAAAUACCCUUAAUCCACUCUCACCUGUUUUGUGUGAAUUAUUGUACUUCAGGCACAUUUGUUAUAAUGUAAAAACACUGACUGUGCUGUUCUCUUGAGCGUUACUUAGAUUUUUUGAAAGGCGUGGCAUUCCAAAUCCUGAGUGAUUUUUUUUCUUCUUCCUGACUUACUUUGUUGUCAUGGGAACAUGUUUGACAGACUUUGUUGACAUGGUAACAUAACAUGUUUGAGCCUCUGCUGUUGCAGUAGUAUUCAGGUUUUAACCGGCGUGAAUGCAUGUGCUUUGGUCUGAAAGCGAUCCAGAACGUUCUCAGGGCAGAAUGGAGGCCCCCCUCAGACCUAGCCUGGUCCCAGAUCUGUCUGUGCUGUCUUUGCGCCAACUCAUAUGGUAAUUGCCAGCCAAACAAUACCCAUAGGAUUUGGAACGACAGCACAAAUAGAUGUGGGAUCAGGCUACCUCAAACCCCCUUAGUUGACUGUAUGAUGGACGGUAUAUUGUUUUGUAUGUAAGAUGUGUGAUUGAUAUGGACAGAGUGUUGAAAAGUAAUUGAGAACAAUUCUACUCCAAAACCAUGAAGAAAGUUUAUUUACAAAGUCAUUGUAGGAUCGUCAUGCGAUUUCACUCACUCAAAUUCAUCUUCAUAAAAUGUCAUCUAAAAAUGUAAUGUUGCUGAAAUGCUUUAGUGAAAUAAAUUCCAUGUAAAAUGCAACUUCAACAUGAGGGCUUAGAGGAACCUGGCAACUUCCUUGGAACUAAAUACAUUGUGACCUUUGAUCGAAUCAUUCCUGGCAACUUUCAUCUGCCGACUCCUAAGCAGUGUCACGUUACUGUCAACACAAAAGCACUAUGAAUGAUGAUCAUGAUGAGUUCUUUUCAGUUAUUUUAUCGUCAGUGUCUGCUGAUUGGUUUCUAAUCAAUGAUGUAUUUAGGCUGACUCUCAGAUCUAUGCAAUCACUUUAAUUAAUCAAUUAACUAAUUAAUAAAUAAAUCAAUUAAUGGUUUAGCCCCAUAGGAAACAAGCAGAGUAGACACUGCUUCCCCUGAGGAUGUGAGUUUUGUGUGAGUGCCAGACAGACGGUGCAUCCCAGGUUGUAUUCAUUAGGCACCAAACAAAGGAAAACAGACUGAAACAGGGAGGGAUUAUCUGAACUUGUCCAAUAAGAAACGUUUGUUUUUUUCUUCUGUUGCAAAACGUUUUGCUACGGUGUGCCCUAAUAAAUAUGACCCCAGUCAGCCAGUGAGUACAAUUGGUCAUCCCUUCUGUCCAGAAGAGGGCACUGUUGUUCAGUCAGCAAAACAAUCCAGAGUGAAUCUUGAAUUGAAUCUUGUGAUCUGAGUAUUUGUUUGUGUUUUUUGCGAAUAAAGCCUACUGGUUUAGGAUCAAUGAUGAUGUGCUGUAUGUAAUGAUGUUUGUCUCGCCUUAUGUUGUACAGAUUACAUGUGUGGUUUUUCCCUGUUGUAAAUAGUCAAUCUGGAAUGAUGAACCUGUAAAGAAACAGGACAAAAGACUCCCAUGAUUGUGACCCCCAUGUUUUUUUUAUGCAUAACGGUUCACUUGUUUUUCAAAUAAAGAAAGGUUGUGUCAAUGCUUUGUAGGACUAUGGCUUGAUUCUAUUGACUCUAGUCACUGCUCGGUAUAAUCAAAGUAGUAAUCGCCAGAUGGCAGCACUGUCUUACUAACAAUGUUGAGCGAGAGUCGCAUCAGGAGCUUUAAACAUCACCCCUGACUUCAUCCUUGUCUUGCUACUUGUGUACACAGUGUUUCAGCUAGCUUCAUGGGUAACAGACGGCGCGGUUAAAAGGUGUUGCAUACUAGUGAGAUAGAACUACUUGACAUCAGAGAAGAUGAGAUGAGUUGCCAUUUAAAAAUAAAAGCCUGAUGACCUGUGAAAUGUGUGCACAUAUGUCCGUGUGUGUUUGCCUGUCUUUGAGCUACCGAGCAUGUGCACUGCAGCUCAGGGCUGGGCAUUGGAUAACAAGAGUCUCACGUGACUCUAUAUGGUCAGUGCGGGUGGGGACAAGAUGGUGGUGGAGACAUGGUGAAAAGAACAGGCAGAGCAGUGUGAGUUUGUGUUUGGUUAACUGAACAGAGCUUAGAGUGGGGUAGUGGUAGAGACUGGGGGAGGGGACAACACAUAGCAGCAUGCCCAUGUUAAGAGUCAGGACUCAGCCUAUGUUAAGAGUCAGGACUCAGCCCAUGUUAAGAGUCAGGACUCAGCCCACGUUAAGAGUCAGGACUCAGCCCAUGUUAAGAGUCAGGACUCAGCCCAUGUUAAGAGUCAGGACUCAGCCCAUGUUAAGAGUCAGGACUCAGCCCAUGUUAAGAGUCAGGACUCAGCCCAUGUUAAGAGUCAGGACUCAGCCCAUGUUAAGAGUCAGGACUCAGCCCAUGUUAAGAGUCAGGACUCAGCCCAUGUUAAGAGUCAGGACUCAGCCCAUGUUAAGAGUCAGGACUCAGCCCAUGUUAAGAGUCAGGACUCAGCCCAUGUUAAGAGUCAGGACUCAGCCCAUGUUAAGAGUCAGGACUCAGCCCAUGUUAAGAGUCAGGACUCAGCCCAUGUUAAGAGUCAGGACUCAGCCCAUGUUAAGAGUCAGGACUCAGCCCAUGUUAAGAGUCAGGACUCAGCCCAUGUUAAGAGUCAGGACUCAGCCCAUGUUAAGAGUCAAGACUCAGCCCAUGUUAAGAGUCAGGACUCAGCCCAUGUUAAGAGUCAGGACUCAGCCCAUGUUAAGAGUCAGGACUCAGCCCAUGUUAAGAGUCAGGACUCAGCCCAUGUUAAGAGUCAGGACUCAGCCCAUGUUAAGAGUCAGGACUCAGCCCAUGUUAAGAGUCAGGACUCAGCCCAUGUUAAGAGUCAGGACUCAGCCCAUGUUAAGAGUCAGGACUCAGCCCAUGCAGGCAGCUGUGGGCCAGUGCCAGUCAGAGAAGGGGUGCUCUGCUCCUAG